UAAUAGCCCGGGUACAUCCUAAAAACCCUAAUUCGUCUUACAUUAGCUUCUUCAGCAGUCGAAGGCCCGAGCCGCUUCGCCAGUCCCUGCAACAAUGGGUAUCGAUUUGAAGGCCGGAGGUAAGAGCAAGAAGACGAAGCGCACUGCGCCUAAGUCCGAUGAUGUCUAUCUCAAGCUCCUCGUCAAGCUAUAUCGGUUCCUAGUGAGGAGAACUGGAAGCAAGUUCAAUGCUGUGAUUCUUAAGCGCUUGUUCAUGAGUAAAGUGAACAAGCCGCCAUUGUCUCUCUCUCGUUUGAUCCGCUACAUGCAGGGAAAGGAGGACCAGAUUGGUGUUAUUGUUGGCACUGUGACUGAUGAUGCAAGAGUGUAUGAAGUCCCAGCUCUUAAGAUCACGGCACUGAGAUUCACGGAGAGGGCGAGGGCCAGGAUCGAGAAAGCUGGUGGGGAGUGUCUCACAUUUGAUCAGCUGGCUCUUCGUGCACCUCUUGGCCAGAACACGGUUCUACUGAGAGGCCCUAAGAAUGCACGUGAAGCUGUGAAGCACUUUGGUCCCGCUCCUGGUGUUCCUCACAGCCACACCAAACCGUACGUCCGAUCAAAGGGCAGAAAGUUUGAGAGAGCUCGAGGUAGGAGAAAGAGCCGAGGAUUCAAGGUUUAAGCCCACCAAUCUGCCAAAGCAGCUAGUAACUCCCUGUUCUUUUUUUACUGUAAGUCACUUUGUGUCAUCUUUGUCCGAAAAGACCUGCGUUUAUUUUGCUUGCAAGCUUUCGACUUUUUCAGCCGUUGUUGAAUUACACUGCAUGCUAUUGCUCUUAUCCUAUAUGAUGUCGACUUUGAACCCUUUUCCCUCGAGGUAUCGCUUUCUUGUUUCCAAUCA